CAUACUUCUGUCAUUUAGGCUUGGUCUAUCCGCUGCACUGAUCCUCUUGUUAUCGGAUUGUGUGCUGUGGUCAUUGUGAUUAUUCUCACCCCACGCACUACUAGUACUGCUUAACCCAUUCAUUACAACCAAAGACUACCAGUACUAUCGUCGCGCAGCUUCUACCUUAACCGGAACUAGAUAAGUCUUGCCCUUGACGAACUACGUCAUUCCUCUUCCGUGCCUGGCACUCUUCCGAAUGCCCUCCCGCCGCAGUCAUACCAAGUCCCGGAAGGGUUGUCUCCAAUGUAAGAAACGGCAUGUGAAGUGCGACGAAGAGACACCACGAUGUGGCCUGUGCAAGAAACGAAGACUGGAUUGCACAUACCCACCGUCAAGUGAAGCGGAUAGCCAGCAUGCAUCCACACCCCAGGAUAUGCCUGAUGUAUUUACUGGUCCCGAAGGAGAACCGCAAUCAGACAGAAUGCUUGAGAUGAAACUAUUCCACCACUAUGUAACAGAGACAUACAUCACACUCUGUCAAGGCCGUCUAGAUGCUCACCACUUCCAAGUGGUUGUCCCACGGAUCGCGGUCUCUCAUGCCUUCUUGCUGGACAGCCUACUAGGAUUGUCUGCUCUUCAUCUAGCGUACCUGAACACUCACGAUAACCGUUCAUGGCUAGAAAUCGCACUCAAGUAUCAGAACCGAGCAUGUUCAGCAUUCACCCGUGUACUUGCAGAAAUGACACCUGAAAAUUGCGCACCAGCCUUCCUGUGCUCCAUCUUCAUUAUGCUCUGCGCAACAGCCUAUCCGUGUGUUACCCAGGACAAACAUACAUUCGAGCCUCUAUCCCAUGUUUUGGAGAUUCGACAGCUCAUAGCGGGCUGUGCGUUUCUUUUCGAGCAGCUUAGCGGCAUGGAGUAUCGGGGCGACCUCCAGGGGUGGCUGAAGUAUAAGGAUGACGAGGUCGACCAAGAUGGAAAUCCCUACCAUGUACAGGAAUCUCAAAUCAAACUACGCAGUGCCAUCAUGGAGUCUUUGCAGCGGGUGCAAGACAAAUUCACCAGCCUUGGUGGGCCGAACCAGACUACAUACCAAAAUACGUGGGAUAUUCUUCAUGAAGCCAUCAAACGAUGGCCGUUCGGUGGCCCAAACGGUGGCAUCAUUGCGUGGCCCAUAAACAUCAGCGAAGACUACAUUGCUCUGCUGAAAAGUGGAGACUGGGUGGGCCGCGUGCUAUUUCUACACUACGGGGUAGGAUUGCACCUUCUCUCUGACAAGUGGUUUGUCCGCGACUGGGGCCGGCGUCUUAUUGAAACAGUCCUGCAAUUGGAGGAAGAUAUCCCCCCCAUUUGGACGGAAACCAUUACAUGGACAAAGGAGGCCACCUAUCAGCCAAAGAAAAGUUCGAGCCAAGAUGCGGAGAAGCAGCCACUUCUCGAAACCUGGGAGACCCCGGCUGAGCGAUCGCAGUGGACCUUGUUACAUGACAAGCGACCCAGCGCUUCAACUAUGUUCCGCCUUGCGAAAUUCACGAUAUUGUCGACGCUACUCCUAACCAUAAUAACGAUACAUCUGCCAAGUGUGCUCACCUCGCCUCUUGAAUUUGCGACUAGCCGGCUUGACCGAGCGAGUAAAUUGGAGGAUGGGAAGCGCGGUGCAGUGGCGAGCGAAAGUGCUAUCUGCAGUCGCCAUGGAACAGAUAUUAUAAACAUGGGGGGAAAUGCAGCUGACGCGAUGGUUGCAACAAUGCUCUGCGUUGGAACUGUUGGCAUGUACCAUAGUGGAAUCGGAGGAGGUGGGUUCAUGCUGGUCAAGACCCCUGAAGGCUCUUUCGAGGCCAUCGAUUUCCGCGAAACUGCCCCGGCGGCCGCUUUCCAGGAUAUGUUUGAGAAUAAUACGAAGGCUUCCGUCAGCGGGGGCCUUGCAAGUGCCGUUCCUGGGGAACUGCGUGGUCUCGGGUAUCUCCACAACAAGUAUGGCUCGCUCCCCUGGUCAACUGUUGUGCAGCCCGCCAUUCAAACCGCACGGGAGGGGUGGUCAGUCGGGCAUGACCUGGUCCGCUAUAUGAAAGCUGCUGUUGGGGACGACGAAGACUUCCUAUCUCAGGACUCUACCUGGGCGCUCGACUUUGCUCCCAAUGGAACCAGGCUCGGUCUGGGUGAUACCAUUACGCGAAAACGUUAUGCGGCCACACUGGAGACCAUCGCAAACGAGGGCCCCGAUGCCUUCUACUCUGGAUCGAUUGCAAAGACCAUGAUAGAUGCGGUACAGAAAGCUAACGGUACAAUGACGCUUGAGGACUUGGCCAAUUAUACGGUCGCUAUCCGCAACAUCUCAGAAAUUGAUUACCGCGGCUAUCGGAUUACUAGCACCCCAGCCCCUUCCAGUGGUAUCGUAGCUCUGAACGUUCUCAAAGUUCUGGGUACUUACGAUAACCUUUUUAGUCCGGAUACUCUGAACCUGAGCACUCAUCGAUUGGACGAGGCUAUACGGUUUGGAUAUGGAUUGAGGACUAAUCUAGGAGACCCGUUCUUCCUCGAUGGCAUGGACACGUAUCAGGAAAUGAUGCUAGCGGAUUCCACCAUUGAAGAGAUUCGAAAGAACAUUUCCGACCAGCAUACCCAAGCCGUGUCUGCCUACAAUCCGCAGGGAUAUGAGAGUCUUGAAACACCGGGUACCUCGCAUAUUGCUGCCAUUGAUCACAGUGGGCUUGCCAUUUCCGCGAUCACGACCAUCAAUCUGCUUUUUGGCUCCAAAGUCAUGGUUCCUGAGACUGGUAUCAUAAUGAAUAAUGAGAUGGAUGACUUUUCUAUUCCUAAUUCGUCCAACUCCUUUGGCUAUGUUCCUUCCGAGGCAAACUUCAUACGACCCGGGAAACGACCACUGUCCUCUUGCACUCCGGCCAUUGUUACCCAUCCUAACGGAACAGUGUUCUUCGUCGCCGGCUCGGCAGGAGGUAGUCGGAUUAUCACUGCCACCAUCCAGAACAUUAUACACACCGUCGACGAAGGUCUUUCAGCGGCAGAAGCCUUGGCCCAGCCGCGCCUUCACGAUCAACUGGUCCCGAAUCGUGUCACCUUCGAGUACGAUUAUGACAAUGAGACCGUGUCCUUCAUGGAGGCAAGAGGUCACAAUGUGACCUGGGUAGGUCCAGGGGAGAGCACGGCGCAGGCGAUUCGAGUUCUACCGAAUGGAACCUUCGAUGCUGCAGGGGAGCCUAGACAGGCUGAUUCUGGAGGGUUUGCUGUUUGAGGGAUCUAUAAUGCAUAUGUCCAUCCUGACUACACAUAUAUGAGGGUUUUAUGAGCGAUACCUUCUGUCUUGCAUUUACAGUUUUGGACUUGAGUUGCAGCGAGAGAUAAAGUAUACAUAUAGCAUUAGACUUGAAUAUCG